AGGCGGCAACGGGACGGUGACGCGCGGUUGGCGCGCCCGCGGUCCGACUUCUGCAUCCGAGGAGAGAUGAAUACGGCCAAGGCCCGGGAGGGGCCCGCGGCCGGCCGGCCUGCGCCACCCGAGGAGAAGGAGGGCGAGGCGGGCGGGAAGGAGCCGGGUGCGGACGCGGCCCCCGGGCCCAGCGCCGCGUUCCGCCUCCUGGUUACUAGGCGGGAACCGGCGGUGAGGCUGCAGUAUGCGGUGAGCGGCCUGGAGCCGCUGGCGUGGUCCGAGGACCACCGCGUGUCGGUGUCCACGGCCCGCAGCAUCGCUGUGCUGGAGCUCAUCUGCGACGUGCACAACCCGGGCCAGGACCUGGUUAUCCACCGCACCUCGGUGUCUGCGCCUCUCAACAGCUGCUUCCUCAAAGUUGGCUCAAAAACGGAAGUUGCUGAGUGUAAGGAGAAAUUUGCCGCCUCUGAAGACCCCACAGUCAGUCAGACUUUCAUGUUGGACAGGGUGUUCAACCCUGAGGGGAAGGCUUUGCCGCCAUUGAGAGGAUUCAAGUACGCUAGCUGGUCCCCCAUGGGCUGUGAUGCUAAUGGCAGGUGCCUCCUGGCAGCACUGACCAUGGACAAUCGCCUGGCCAUCCAGGCUAACCUCAACAGACUGCAGUGGGUCCAGCUGGUCGAUCUGACGGAGAUUUACGGAGAGCGUCUUUAUGAGACCGGUUACAGGCUCUCUAAAAGUGAGGCCCCGGAAGGCAAUCUCAGGGAUUUUGCUGAGUUUCAGAGGAGACACAGCAUGCAGACACCAGUCAGGAUGGAGUGGUCAGGCAUCUGUACCACUCAGCAGGUCAAGCAUAACAACGAAUGCCGUGACGUGGGCAGCGUGCUCCUGGCCGUCCUCUUCGAAAACGGUAACAUUGCCGUGUGGCAGUUUCAGCUGCCGUUUGUCGGAAAGGAAUCCAUCUCUUCGUGCAACACAAUCGAGUCAGGAAUCAACUCUCCCAGUGUUUUGUUUUGGUGGGAAUAUGAGCACAAUAACCGGAAGAUGAGCGGCCUUAUCGUGGGGAGCGCUUUUGGGCCUGUAAAAAUUCUUCCCGUCAAUCUCAAAGCAGUUAAGGGCUACUUCACGUUAAGGCAGCCUGUCGUCCUGUGGAAGGAAAUGGACCAGUUGCCGGUGCACAGCAUCAAGUGUGUGCCGCUGUAUCACCCUUACCAGAAGUGUAGUUGUAGCUUAGUGGUGGCCGCCAGAGGACCCUAUGUGUUUUGGUGUCUUCUUCUGAUCUCCAAAGCGGGUCUGAACGUCCACAAUUCUCACGUCACUGGCCUGCACUCACUGCCGAUUGUCUCCAUGACUGCAGACAGGCAGAACGGGACGGUAUAUACUUGUUCCAGCGAUGGGAAGGUGAGGCAGCUGAUUCCCAUUUUCACAGAUGUUGCCUUGAAGUUUGAACACCAGUUGAUUAAACUCUCGGAUGUGUUUGGCUCAGUGAGGACACAUGGGAUAGCCGUGAGCCCCUGUGGUGCGUACCUGGCCGCCAUUACCACUGAGGGCAUGGUCAACGGCCUCCAUCCCGUUAACAAAAACUACCAGGUUCAGUUCGUUACUCUCAAAACCUUUGAAGAGGCAGCUGCUCAGCUUCUGGAAUCUUCAGUUCAAAAUCUCUUUAAGCAGGUAGAUUUAAUAGACCUAGUACGUUGGAAGAUUUUAAAAGAUAAACGUAUCCCUCAGUUUUUACAAGAAGCUUUGGAAAAAAAGAUUGAAAGCAGUGGGGCCACCUAUUAUUGGCGUUUCAAACUCUUCCUCCUGAGGAUUUUAUACCAGUCGAUGCAGAAAAGCGCUUCAGAAGCCUUAUGCAGACCCGUCCUUGAGGACUCGAAAAUCUUACUGGUUGACUCACCUGGGACGGGCAAUGCGGAGGGUGCACAGCAGGAAGAAGGCACCUCCUCCGAACAGACGAAUAAGCAAGGCCUUCAGGAGGGGAGCAGAGAAGGCGCUCCGGAGGGCCCCGCAGAGGACUCGCUCGCUCGGUCUGGAGACGCUGGAGGCCGAGAGCCAAUGGAAGAGAAACUCCUUGAAAUCCAAGGGAAAAUUGAAGCUGUGGAAAUGCACUUGACCCGGGAGCACAUGAAGCGAGUCUUAGGCGAAGUAUACCUGCACACCUGGAUCACAGAAAACACUAGCAUCCCCACGCGGGGACUCUGUAACUUUUUAAUGUCUGAUGAAGAGUAUGAUGACAGAACCGCACGGGUGCUGAUCGGACACAUCUCAAAGAAGAUGAACAAGCAAACUUUCCCUGAGCACUGUAGUUUGUGUAAAGAGAUUUUGCCAUUCACAGAUCGCAAACAGGCAGUCUGUUCCAAUGGCCACAUUUGGCUCCGGUGCUUUUUAACCUACCAGUCCUGCCAGAGUUUGAUAUACAGAAGGUGUUUGCUCCAUGACAGCAUUGCCCGCCAUCCAGCCCCAGAAGAUCCUGACUGGAUUAAGAGGUUACUGCAAAGCCCCUGCCCUUUCUGUGAUUCUCCUGUCUUCUGAAUGUCCACGAUGGGAGGAUGGAAAGGGCAUGUACUCUGCUGUGGAAAGUGCCGUCCAGCCCCAAGAGCUAGGACGCGCAAGAGGAGAGGCGCCUUUCAUGACUGUACAUAGGGCAUAUGGGGACUCGCUGCUGAAGUGCGUGCUCUGUCUCCAGGGACUAAAGGAUGUCUUUAAAGUGACUUGAGUGCAGAGAUUUUAAGUCCUUUUGAGAUGAACGUUAUCCCCCAACUCCUUGCCAAUGAGGAACACUUAUUUUUCAAGUGUCUUGACUGAAGCAGUUUGAACAAAACGCAUGCCCUGUCAUUUCUCAGAACAGAAUGGUCCCUUCUAGGGAGUAUGGAUAAGGGCCUUGCUGGGCCGCGUUAGGCUUUUUAAUCCUGGCCUUGGUCUGGAACUGCCUUGUGGCUCCAGGGAGCUUUAGUUACCUGCUACGUGGUAUGCAGUGUCCCAGCAGAUAUUAAAGUGUCUGAAACAACCUGUGGGCCUGAUAGUUUGUUCUCAACAAAUAGCUGCAGAUCUGCAUCCUGCCAGUUGUUUUUCAUGCAUAUUGAAAACAUUUUCUUAAAACUAUAUAUUUUAAAGAGGUUGAAGCCAAGACUAAAGUUGGUUUUAACGUGUCAAAAGAUCAGGUGACUCUUGUAAGUUAAUAAUUGUGACUUAUUUUUAAUGAUCUCUCCCGUGUCAUCAGUUUCCUGCUCUGACUCCUUCACAGGUAUAAGGAUGUCAAGUAUUCCUGUUCACCUGCGUCACAACCCUCUUCAGACUUACCUGUGACAACUUGGUGAGAUAUUUGUACAUAGAGGAAAAAUCAUAUUUUCUCCUUUUAGUAUUAAAUUAAAACAUUUAAUAUUUUUAAUGUUGAUAUUUCCAUAUGUAUCAUUUAUAUCUCGAGUCUGUCUAGAGACUUCCAGAAAGAGACAGGCAGCUCAGAAGUGUGGACCCUUGAGCUCUGGUGCUAUCGUGUGUGUAGCUCAGUCGACCAGAGGCUGGGAAUUCCUUCUCUCUGCAAAGGUCCUCGAUAUUUGUAAUACAGGUAUUUUCCUGUGGACUGUUAAGAAGAGAUGUUAGACAUUAAUUGGUCUUAAAACCUAAAAUUUAAAAUAGACAUUCUAGAACUACAGUGUUCUUGGAUUUUUAAAAUAAAUAUCCUAGGGAUUGGUGCUAAUUAACAGGACUGUAAUGCACUCACCUUGAAAUGGUGCAUAUUUCUGGAAAGUUGGAUGGGAGAUACAAAAUGUGAAAUUUAAGUGAUAUUAAAUGCUAUCUAUUUCGCCUUUAUUCUAACACUUAUUCUUGCUUUUAUUGUUGUAUCCUUAGUGAAAGACAUUUUGUCCUCACUGAGAAACACUCGCUGUUUGGAGAGCGUGUAACAGAAACACCCCUCCCGCCUGUAGUCUCCCCACCUAGUGUCUUCCCUGCUCUGUCCGUAGGUAUUGGAGACAAGAGCCCUUAAGAGGCGCUUCCAGACAGUCUGCUUUGAAAUGUCUUUCCUUUCCCAUUCAAAUUUUUGUUUUUGUCUCCUGUGUUUAAUUCGGUAUUUCUGCUGCUGUUUAAUUCUGCUGGCAUCGUCUGCUUAUCUUUCUCAUUUUGGUGGUAAUUUCAAGAGGAGUGUUUAUCCAGACUUCAGGGUCCAGCAUGUUCAAACGAUUGUCAAGGGAGAGAACCAGGCAGCAUUAAAAUCAGGAAGAACACAACUCAGAAAGUUGUAUAGUUGCGGUCGUUUGUGCCUAGAGCUGUUUCACUUUACAGUAAAUAUGACGGUAAAAAUUGAGAUCCUGUCAAGGAAUUACUGCAGUUUUUAUAAUCAUAGCAUGCUUAGUUUCACUUUUUUUUCCUAAUCAGAGUUAGUAGUUGAUUUGUUCUUAUUGGGGAAUUUUGUGCUGCUGCCAUUUAAAACUUACGUUAAGUUUUCAUUUAAAGCAGUUAUGCAUUUGGGGGGAAAAUUUGACUCUUAAGAAUAAACUAGAAAGGGUCACCUGAGUUACUUUGUUUGUCUGGGUAGCAGUAAACAUGGCAACUCUUUUACUAGAACAUGGCUUCUCUCUGGGGGGGCUCUGCCCAAUGGCAUUCUUAAGGCUGAAAUCCAGCCAGCACCUGCCUCAAAUUUCUGUACAUCAAGUUGGGAGCCCUCUGCCCCCUCUCCCCACCCCUCCCCUCUUCUGUGGAGGUUAAUCCAUUGACCUGUGAGAACGAAAGGAGAUUUUCAGUUAAUGGCAGCAUCACAAACACAGUGCACUUCUGAAUGUCCUGAGGGUCAGCAUACCUGGGGACAGAGUGCUGAGCAGUGAGGCCCUGGAAGAGCGGGAGGGACACCGGGAAAUUGUCUCUCCUGGUUUACACUUACCGUGCCCUCUAUACCUUCCUGAAACUUAACCUCAUCUGUGUAGUGGAUUUCAAGUUAAUUUCAGCUGUCACUGCUCCAGGCGUGGAUGAGACGGCCCUGAUGCCGCUGCUUUGCAUGAAGGGGCAGGAGCAAAGGUCCUGUGCAAUUAGACCUUCUAAGCCACGCCAGCCUUGCAUUUGGGGAGUCUGAUAUCCACACCUGUGUCACACUUUCUCUGUUGAGGGCUAAUUUGUUCCUGUUAUUCUAGAUAAGAAAUUGAUAGUUUGUUAGGCUUGAUAUUCAUUCUGAAAUCCUCAUAUGUCCACUACCCAGACUUCAAGCCAUCUCUGCCUACUAUUGUAUCUGCCAAAACUACCAAUUAUUUUUCAGUGUCAGGAGUUAUUAGAACCACUGGCGAAGCUCAUGGUCGAGGGUGACAUUUUUCUGCUUCUCCCUCUAGGAAGUUUUUGAGAAUGUUAACGUUGGGGCGUGUGGGCUAGACCUGUUAGCAGCCUUCAGCCGUUAAUUAGGUUAAAAGAAUGUCAGCGGGUAAUAACUGAACAUUAAAAUGUAUUCUGUUGUAACUGUAAUGGUGUCAGAUAAUAUGCAGAAGAAAUCAAGGCUCAUUGGUCUUGUCUGGAGGAACACAGAGCUGCUUUUUCAGAGCACCCGCUCUCCUGGCAGCACUGAACUGUCUCGGGGUUUGGUGAAUUGCUGCGGCUCCUGGAAUGAAAGCAGGAAUUACUGUCACUGUACGGUUUCCACGGGUCCAUCCAUCCUCUCUGCUCCUGGCCUCCCUCUCCCUCGCUUUUCCUUCCAGGAGAGGUCCUCUCCAUUUCCGUCCCUUUAGUUCUCUCAGCUUUAGGACAGCUUCUGAUCUACCAGAUUUGAAAGAAAAAUAGGUUUGUGAUAAAAUCUCUAAAAACGAAAUCACAUAGCAGGUCUCCUUUCCUAGAGGAAACGAUUAAACAGUAGUUUUUCUUUCUAAGGGUAAUAGUGUUAGUCAUUAACAACCUGAUAAACUGUAUCUGGUUUUCUUCAAGACUCUGAAUUAUAAUUUCCCCGUUGGAAGUUUCCCACACCUCCAGGCUGGACUCGGGGCAGAGCGGGCCGGUUUCA